GUUAUUUACCAGUAGCAGCAAAUGAUAUAAAAUUCAGUUUGUUAUACGACCAUAGGCAGUUUACAGUAGGGAAAUUUGGAGUCAUGUUUGAGCUGUGCAGCCUGCAGCUCUUUUAAAGGCAGACAGUCCAGCAGCAGGUGAGGCUGUCUGUGUGACACAGGUAGGAAAUGCAAAUGAGAUCAGUUAGAGCUGAUCUUCACAUUCUCUCUGUAUCGCUCACUUUCAAUCUUCAAAACCAUUUGCAUCCAAGGACUGAAAAAAAGACAUUUCCUCAUGACUUGAGCUGCGAGACUUGACCCCAAAUCAUGACAAUGAUACACUACUUCUAUUGUCUGAAUAGUGAACAUUUGAAUGAUGCUCGACCUUCUUUGGAAAACUGAAGAACCUACACAGUGGACCUCCAGCUCCACCCAGGAGGACAGAUAACAAUGCAGAGUUUGCGUGGCCACAGGAUGAAUUUGAUGAUGAGGAAGGUGACAUGUAUGAAGUGCCUCCCUGUGAGCGUCCGGCUGUGAAAGUCCCACAGAGACAAGUGGAGGAAAACGUUUAUCUGGAGAGGACGUCCAAUCCUUCUCCUCCACAGAGGCAGGCUGCUCCUCCACCACCCAGACCAGUCAAUCCCUUGAAACCUCAACCACGUUCUGAGGAUUUCUUCCAUGAUCCCAAAACUAAGAAACCACCUGAGAUAGACAGAAGUGAGAAGCCUGGGAGACAGCUGAUGCCUCCUCCACCGGUCCCCUCUGCUCCAGCUCCAGUCCCUGCAUCCAACACUGAGGAAGAUGUGUAUCUGGAUCCAAAUGAAGAACAGGAAGAUAAUGACGACCUGUAUUUAGAGCCUACAGCUGCUUGCCCUCCUCCCUCUCGUGGGCCAAUAAGGAUGUCUCCAUCUCCCAAGACAGCCCUUGUACCCUCUCCCAUUUCCGUGAAGAAGCCUCCGGUUCCCAGAGCUCAGUCUAAUUCAUUCUUGCCCUCCUUAAAUGAGCUAAAAAUGGCUCCGUCAGCUGAAGUAAGACGUACCACAUUUCCUACCAAACCCCCUCCACCAACCCCCAGUUUUAAGCCCCCUCUGCCAGCAAACCUGAAGGAAGCCAAACCCAGCCCUCUGAAUCCUCCUAUGGCAGACACUAAGCCUGUGGCCUCCUCUGGUGGUGUGAGGGCAACCAAACAAUCUGGGAACGAGGACAAAGAAUGGUUUGCUGGAGACUGCAACAGAAAGGCAGCUGAGGAUCUCUUACUGAGGGUCAACAAGGACGGUGCCUUUCUCAUCCGACACAGCUCAGCCCAAAGCACCCGACAGCCAUACACCCUCGCUGUGCUCUACCAGCAGAAGGUGUACAACAUUCCUAUCCGCUUCCUGGGGGACACACAAGGUUACGCCCUUGGAAAAGAGGGCAAGAAGAAUGAAGAGAUUUUUGGCACCCUCAACGGGAUGAUUUCUCACCACAAGAAUAACCAGCUGCUUUUGAUAGACAGCAAGAGCCAGGCCAAGCACACGGCGUAUUUAACCCACCCUGCACGGCCUUAAACCGCACGACUAGGAGCUUCUCUCACACUGUAUUCAUGUGGGUUAUUUGAGGAUAACUGCACAGUUUGAAAGUUUACUGUGUGUCACAAAAGUGUAACUACAACUCAGAAAUGAAAUCAGUCAUACAGCUAAAAGCACUGUUUCUUUAUUCUGUUUAUAGAUUGAUAUAGACAAUCCAAAAUUUUAAUGCACUGAAAUAUUAGCAGAGAUUACGUAAAUGUCACCAACAGUUGCUCCAACGGUUUAACUCGGCUGACAACAGCAUAAACUUAAAGUUUGACAAAGUGAUUUUCCUGCUCUGUCAUCAUUUCAGCAACGACUGCACAAGGUUAACUGCUCUCUACUGAAAAGGAAAAUGUGUCACUGUAUUACUGUAACAGUCAUUUAGCCUGGAUGUUUCUGCCUUUGGAUGAAGAAGUGAUGAUGUUGCUAUCAGUUGACUGUAUCGCUGACUCUUAAUCAUACAAACUGUGUAUUUCUGCUGUUAAAAGAUAUGAAACCACACCACAAAAGCCUUCCAGUGUGCAGCAAUCUUCAUCACUUUGUGCCUUCUGCUCGUUUUCAUUAUCAUUAUGAAGUCAUGUGUGAUGAACUGUUGAGAUAUGUUAAAAUGUUUCUAUGAAUUAGUCAUUUUAGUCACAAGUACAGGUUUGGGGUGUAUUUUUCUUUCGAAGUUUAGUUUAGUUUGAUUAAUUUGAUUUUAAAUAUACAUUGUGUGUUACAGGCGUCCUUGUCAGUGCGAUAUUGUAGAUAUUGUGCAAUAUAAAGUCAAAAUGUUCCUGCUUUAUAUUAUUUAAUUGUAUUUGUUUUACAACAGUUCCCUAUAUUUCCUGUUGUUGAUCAGUAACCAUCAGUUAACCGGAACCACGGCAUUUAUUUGACUUCCUGUGGUGUGUGUGGUUUAGAUCAGGGACACUCAAGUUGCCUGGGAACCACUUUUGCAAAAUUACAGGAGGCCAGGGGCGAUUUAAUAAACAAACAUGAAAAAUUAGUAUAGAAAUGAACAGCCUGGACCUCUGUCUGUGAGAUCCUCCCCUGCCACCAUUUUUACAUUUUACAUUAUUAUUACAUUUAAAGUACAAAAAAAAAAGUGUAAAUCAAUUUAUUUUCAUUUUGAAUUAGAAAAUGGUUGGCAGGCCAUCUGGCACCCUGUCGCGGGCCAAAUUUGGCCCUGAGGCCGUAAGUUAAGUAUCGCUGAUUUAGAGGAUUUAGUACAUUGUGAAUGGUCGAUGCUUGUUGAAGUCCUUUGAGUAUAUUCAAACCUCCUCUGUUGUCAAGCCUCGACUUGUGGUGGAUCUUCAUCAGUGAGUUGAGAGUUUGAGGCUAUAAUUGAGACACAGAGCUGUGUGUGUGUGUGUGUGUGUGUGUGUGUGUGUGUAUGUGUGUGCGAACUGCCUCUCAGUGACCCCUGACCAGAUGCUGCUGGUUACACUUGCUUCCUGUCAAAGUGAAACCACCUUCUAGUGCCCAAUCUACCAAUCCUGAGCCUGAUAGUUUUUCCUUAUCUGCCUUGAAGGUCCAAGGACAGAGAGAUGUUGUACGCUGUAAAGCCCUCUGAGG